GCGGCGGCGGUCGUCAAGGCAGUAUCAAUGGAGGCUUAUGCCGACGUGAAAGUGCAUUGAUGUGUCGGUGGACGUCUGUGCCGGUCGUCGUCGUCGUCGUUGUUGCUGCUGCUAUCGUUCUCCUUUCGUUCGGGUCGCUCGGCGGCUGAACAAUGGUGAAGCAGACCAUUCAGAUCUACGCGCGGCUUAAACCUGCGAGGAAGAACGCUGCCGGGCUUUACUCAGUGGAAGAGGAUGACGGGAGGACUCCACUGUUGGAGUUUGUGGUGCCUAGGGACCUGGCCGAAGGCUUUGUCAACAACAAAAGAGAGAGUUACAAAUUUCAAUUCAAGAAAAUUUUUGAUCAGCAAGCAAAACAAGAAGAAAUCUUUGAAACAAUUGCCAGGCCUGUUGCUGACAGUGUGCUUUCAGGCUACAAUGGGACCAUCUUUGCUUACGGCCAGACUGGCAGCGGCAAGACGUUCACCAUCACAGGAGGGGCUGAACGUUUUGCAGACCGGGGCAUCAUUCCCAGGAUACUUGGCUACCUAUUUGAGCAAUUCCAGAAGGACACUAACAGAGUGUACACAGCUCACAUUUCCUACCUGGAGAUCUACAAUGAGAAUGGCUACGAUUUGUUAAAUCCUCGACACGAAGCCUCAAAACUGGAAGACCUUCCAAAAGUGACACUUAUGGAGGACACAGAACAAAUUGUGCAUCUGAAGAACCUCUCACUGCACCAGGCUAGCAGUCAGGAGGAAGCCCUCAACCUGCUGUUCUUGGGUGACACUAAUCGUAUGAUUGCCGAGACACCAAUGAACCAGGCGUCCACACGCUCGCACUGCAUCUUCACACUGCACGUGUGUGGGAGGGAGCCUGGCUCCACCACUUUGUGCCGCUCCAAGCUACACCUCGUCGACCUGGCGGGUUCUGAGCGUGUUUCCAAGACCGGCGUGGGUGGCAUACUGCUCACUGAAGCCAAGUACAUCAACCUUUCCCUGCACUACCUAGAGCAGGUGAUAAUAGCGCUGUCGGAGAAAAACCGCUCGCACGUUCCUUACCGCAACUCCAUGAUGACAUCGGUGCUGAGAGAUAGCCUGGGUGGCAACUGCAUGACAACCAUGAUCGCCACUCUGGCUGUGGACAAGCGCAACAUUGAUGAAUCCAUUUCUACUUGUCGAUUUGCUCAGAGAGUAGCUCUUAUAAAGAAUGAAGCUAUACUAAAUGAAGAAGUCGAUCCGAGGCUGGUAAUUGUGCGUCUCAAGAAGGAGAUACAGCAACUAAGGGAUGAGUUGGCUCUGGUGACAGGACAGCCACGCACAGAGGACCUGGAUGCUGUGGAACUGCAGCAGCUGGAGGAAAUGGUGAGGGGUUACGUGGAGGACGCUGAUGCAGACGCCUCCCUGGAAGUGGGGGCUGACAUGCGCAAGAUCCAUCACUGCUUCAGUCUCCUAAAGCGGCACAUUCGGCAGGGAAGGGCGUCCUCUGGUGGAUCGGAACGGGAAAAUCCCAGCAAGAAGAACGAUGAUCCGGGUAGCGAAAGUGAUAUCCGGAGGCUGAAGGAACUCGUUCAACAGAGAGACAAUGAAAUCAACGUUCUUGUCAGCAUGCUGAAGAAGGAGCGCAAGCAUGUGCAGGAUGUGGGGCGACAGCUGCAGGCCCUGACAGGCGAGCGGGAUGGAGGCCCCAAGGCCGACGGGCAACGGGAGACGGUGGCUGUCUACGAUAAAGAGUCGGAAUGGGUCCCAGCACAGUCACGAGACCACUACAUGUCAUCUUCCUCCAGUUUCAAUGGGACAAAUUCUGCCAGUACAUCAGCAACAAAUGGAAUGCAGCUGGUGUAUGGGGAGAAGUCAACUGGACGAAAGGAGGCAUUUGAUAUUUUUAGGCGAGACUAUGCUGACAACAUAACAAUAGAAGACAACAAGUACAUCCUCAAACAGAGAUAUGCAGAAGCCAAGGCUUUAGGGGAGACCGUGAACCAGGCAAGGUCAAAGAUAAAUCAGCUGAAAUCUCAAAUCGAUCACAGACGAAUGCAGAGGGCAGCUCAAGGAGUGAGCAAAGCUUUGCCUGGGGUUGACGAGUCAGACCCAGUGGAGGAAGACAUGCGAGCGCGUAUUGAGGGGGAAAAGAGCAGCUAUAAGGAGGCGUUCACUCGCCUGAAGGUGCUGAAAACGGAGAUUGAGCACCUGCAGCACCUGCUAGAGAAGGCGAAACUCAAGCUGCAGAGAGACUUUGACGACUGGUGGGCAGAGGAGGUCGCUCGCAGGGCUGUGUCAAGCCAGGGGAACCAGGCGAGGAGAGCAGCCAUUCCGAGUGGCAGUGGAGGCGACCCAUACAACCAAUCUGCCAACAGAAGCAGUGCAAGUAGCAGGUUCAGCUCUGCAAGCUCCACAUUGUCCAUAGCACCAAGUGCAUCUCAGCACUCCUCUCUUGCUAGGUCAAUUGAGGCCCCGGGAUCCACCAUCCCACUGACGGGUGACAGCAAGAUCGACGCAGACAUCCUGGCAUUCGUGCAGGCACGCCGACAGCUCACGCAUGGAAAAGCUCAAGAACACAGGUGACGAAAAUGCCCCAGAUUCAAGUGGGCUCACCAUCACGAACCCAGACCAGCUCGGCACAGCACUUAUCCACGAGACGUCCACACAUCCAGCCAUCAUUUAUAGUUGGCAACCACAUUUAUACUGUAUGGACAUAUUUAUGACGUAAAAAAAUACAUGGUUUAAAAGUCAGUAAUGUAUUAUCAUUCCAAAUGUAUGUAUUGUGAUCACCUACAAUAUUACUAAAGUGUUCUUUUUCAUAUCACACACAUGACUCGUUAGGUCCUUGAAUAGUUGUAAGAUACGAUGCCUUUAAGUGAGAACAAAAGCUGUAAACUGGUCGAGUCGGUAAAUGUAUGUCUAAAACAAAAGUCUAGGUCAUACUUGUGCUGUGUAUUUUUGUUACUGUAUAGUGUUAUAAGAACUGUGUAAUGUUAUAACAGGACAUACAUUAUAAAAAAAAAUAUCCCUGAAGGGCAAAACACAAUCUGGACAGAUUUGUUUUCUUCCCUCCUAGUUCCACAAUGAAAUUCUGUGUUCUGCAACCAUUAUUCAGGGGCAUGGCACAACUGCAUUAGCAGCUGAAGCCCAAUGGCCCACAUUUUUGUGCCAUGUGACUUGCAUUACAGAUGGAAAUGUUUUCAAUACAGC